AUGGCUUCAAACGCCGCUUCCGUCGCUGUUGGUGACAGAGAGCUACUUGCUCGCGUGGAAGACGUACCACAACCGGAAAUAGCCUCUCCAAAGUCUCCUAGGGAUUGGUCGAGGAAGGAUGCAGAGCAGAAAGACGUUUUAGGGGACGAGGAUAACAAGGACGAUAAGGAACCAGGCGAGGAGCUGGAAGAGGGGCAGGAGGAGGAGGCAAAAGAAGCAGACGGGGAAGAGCCACACAACUCCGCUCCACCCUUACCGCAGGAAGAUCUCCCACCUCCCCUCCCCAACGAAGUGCCUCCUGGUCAAACAGAAGAUGAUGGGUGGGACCCAGUUUGGGAUGAUAGUGCACAAGCUUAUUACUUUUAUAACCGGUUCACGGGUCUGUCGCAGUGGGAGAACCCCCGGGUACCUGACACACACCAACAAACACAACAAGCAGACGCAUCACAAUCCUCACAACAGCAACAGUCCAUCAAACCACGGGUGGCUGGCGGUUAUGAUCCCGCAAUCCACGGUGACUAUGACCCCACUGCGCCUUACGCACAGGUGACCCAACAACAACAACAAGAAGGGCUAGAUGCCGCAGGCGCUGCUUACUCCUCCGAUCCGAACUACAUCUACACAGCAACAGGCACGUUCAACCGGUUCACGGGCAAAUGGCAGCCGGGUGCACUAGCUAAAGAGUAUUUCGACGACGAGAAUAAAAGUAAAAGACAACUGAAUGCAUAUUUCGAUGUGGAUGCGGCGGCCAACAGCCAUGAUGGCAAGAGCCUCAAAGCCGAGCGGAGCGGGAAGAAACUAACUAAGAAGGAACUGAAAGCUUUCAAGGAAAAGAGGAGGGAGAGGAAGGAGGAGAAACGAAGAGCGUGGUUAAGGGAUUGA